AUGGACGUGGACAUGGACGUGGACAUGGACGUGGACAUGGACGUGGACGUGGAUGUGGACGUGGACAUGGACGUGGACAAGGACGUGGACGUGGACGUGGACGUGGACAUGGACGUGGACGUGGAUGUGGACAUGGUCGUGGAGGUGGACAUGGUCGUGGACGUGGAGGUGGACGUGGACAUGGACGUGGACGUGGACGUGGUCGUGGACGUGGAUGUUGACGUGGAUGUGGACGUGGACGUGUUCGUGGACGUGGAAGACUUGGACGUGGACAUGGACGUGGACGUGGACGUGGACGUGGUCGUGGACGUGGACAUGGUCGUGGACGUGGACGUGGACGUGGACGUGGACAUGGACGUGGUCGUGGACAUGGUCGUGGACGUGGACGUGGACGUGGACGUGGACGUGGACAUGGACGUGGACGUGGACGUGGAUGUGGACAUGGAUGUGGACGUGGACGUGGACGUGGACGUGGACGUGGACAUGGACGUGGACGUGGACAUGGACGUGGACGUGGACGUAGACGUGGACGUGGACGUGGACAUGGACGUGGACAUGGACGUGGACAUGGACGUGGACAUGGACGUGGAUAUGGACGUGAACGUGGACGUGGACGUGGACGUGGACGUGGACAUGGACGUGGACGUGGACGUGGACAUGGACGUGGACGUGGACGUGGACAUGGACGUGGACGUGGACCUGGACGAGGACGUUUACGUGGACAUCGACGUGGACGUGGACGUGGACGUGGACGUGGACAUAGACGUGGACGUGGACGUGGACGUGGACAUGGACUUGGACAUGGACGUGGACGUGGACGUGGACGUGGACAUGGACGUGGACGUGGACGUGGACGUGGACAUGGACGUGGACGUGGACGUGGACGUGGACAUGGACGUGGACGUGGACGUGGACGUGGACGUGGACAUGGACGUGGACAUAGACGUGAACGUGGACAUGGACGUGGACGUGGACGUGGACGUGGACUUGGACGUGGACAUGGACGUGGACAUGGUCAUGGACGUGGACAUGGACGUGGACGUGGACGUGGUCGUGGACGUGGACGUGGACGUUGACGUGGACGUGGACAUGGACGUGGACGUGGACGUGGACAUGGGCGUGGACAUGGACGUGGACAUGGACGUGGACAUGGACGUGGACAUGGACGUGGACAUGGACGUGGACGUGGACAUGGACGUGGACGUGGACGUGGACGUGGACGUGGACAUAGACGUGGACAUGGUCGUGGACGUGGACGUGGACGUGGACGUGGUCGUGGAGGUGGUCGUGGAUGUGGAGGUGGUCGUGGACGUGGACAUGGACGUGGACGUGGUCGUGGACAUGGACGUGGUUGUGGACAUGGACAUGGACGUGGACGUGGACGUGGACGUGGACAUGGACGUGGACAUGGUCGUGGACGUGGACGUGGACGUGGACGUGGACGUGGACGUGGUCGUGGACGUGGACGUGGACGUGGACGUGGACGUGGACGUGGAUGUGGUCGUGGACGUGGACGUGGACGUGGUCGUGGACGUGGACGUGGUUGUGGACGUGGAUGUGGACGUGGACGUGGACGUGGACGUGGUCGUGGACGUGGAUGUGGAGGUGGAUGUGGACGUGGACGUGGUCGUGGACGUGGACGUGGACGUGGACGUGGACAUGGACGUGGACGUGGACGUGGUCGUGGACGUGGACAUGGUCGUGGACGUGGACGUGAACGUGGACAUGGACGUGGACAUGGACGUGGACCUGGACGUGGAUGUGGACAUGGACGUGGACGUAGACGUGGACGUGGUCUGGAUGUUUACGUGGAUGUAG